GAUAGAGUAACAAAUCAGGAAUUUCCCUCCUACCACUACUGAGAGCGCAAGAGAGGACAAAAGUUAUAAUCGCUUGUCCUCAGAGAGGAAACCGCCAAAGGCACCUAAGUCGCCUUCAUUUUUUGCAAGGCUAUCAACACAUCUACACGUUUCGACGCGCGCGGAGGACAUCACGUUGGGGAAAAAAAGUUUUAAUUUCAUUAUGACUCCGGACCUACGAGCUUUUGCAUGAUGGCCCAUUUCAGAAUGUUGACGGAAUCAAGAGCGCACUGCAGGAAAACAGCGUUAGUCAAGAAUAGCCUACUGUGAUUUGCAAGUUUGGGUUUUUAUGACUUUGUUUCAGCUGUUCGGUUGGGAUUGCUGUCGCAUGGGCACUUUUUUGCUGCUGAGUUUCUCGAUGGCGUAGGUGGUUGCGAGAGUUUUAAAAACACCUUUUUGGACAAGGAUUUGAUAUCUACCAAGCAGAUACCUAUGGAUUAUAUGCGUUAAACAAAUCGGAGGUGUUAUCAAAAACAGUGGAAAGCAGUCAAUCAUAUUUUGGAGAAGGGAAAUGCGGUGUGAAAACGGCGUCUAGAAGGAUGCUGCUGCUUGUACGAUGGAAGUGAAGAACUCUUUAGCUGUUGCUGCGGUGGUUUGUCUCUUCUUUUGCUCCAGUUUCAGCCACGAACUCAACCCAAAAGGCAGGAAUGUAUGCAAAGCACCCGGAUCAUCAGGAUUUGUGUGCUGCAGUGGAUGGGGGCAGCUAGAGGAUGAAUGCCUGACACCUCUCUGUGAAGGCAACUUCACCUGCAACGAAAAUGAGGUGUGUGUCAGGCCGAAUGAAUGUCGCUGUCGUCAUGGAUACUUUGGAGCUAGCUGUGACACUAAGUGCCCUGCCCAGUUCUGGGGUCCUGACUGCAAAGGGAAAUGUAAUUGUUACCCCAACGGCCAGUGUGAUGACUUGACCGGGAAGUGUACCUGCAACCACAAUCGUUGGGGACCGAACUGCGAGAAUGCUUGCUUAUGCCAAAAGGGCAAGUGUGACCAAGAGACGGGCAAAUGCACAUGCCACCCUGGCGUCUGGGGUCCCCAGUGCAACAACAACUGCUACUGCAGCAUCAACUCUAUCUGCGAUGCAACGACAGGGCGAUGUAUGUGCAACCCUGGGUGGACGGGGAGGAACUGUGCAAUCCAGUGUAACUGUAACAAUUCACCAUGCGAACAGUUCACUGGACGCUGCCUGUGCCGGGAGAGGCUGUGGGGCCCACGGUGUGACCGUUACUGCCAGUGCAUCCACGGCAAGUGCAAUCAGGCGGACGGCUCAUGUACCUGCACACCAGGGUACCGUGGGAAGUUUUGCCGGGAACCAUGUCCUGCCGGGUUCUAUGGUCAAAACUGCAGAAACAGGUGUGGACACUGCAAGGGCCAGCAGCCCUGUAAAGUGACAGAGGGACGCUGCAUCACCUGUGACAGAGGCUGGAAUGGAACACGGUGUGACCAGCUCUGCUCCAAAGGCUUCUUUGGUGAAAAUUGCCAGGACGUGUGUCCCAGCUGUAAAGACGGCCACCACUGCGACCCCAUUCAUGGCAAAUGCUCUCACUGUAACCCUGGCUGGAUUGGGGACAGGUGCGAGGUGCGCUGCCCCAACGGCACAUAUGGCGAGAAUUGUGAGAACAACUGCAGUCACUGUUUUAACGGCAUUUGUCAUGUUGUCACUGGAGAGUGCUUAUGUGACCCGGGAUUUUAUGGCACCUACUGCAAUAUGACUUGUACACCUGGCCAGUACGGAGUGAAUUGCAACCAAACCUGCUCUUGCAAUGACAAGAACUGUGAUCCUGUGUCUGGUGCCUGCUAUCUCCAGCCCAACCAGCGGAUGGGUGUGAUCGCGGCUGGAACCCUGGUCUCCUUUUUACUGAUUGUCCUGCUCUCGCUGCUGUGCUGCUGCUGCCUGUGUCGACACAAAGAUGACCACAACAAAAAAGCCAAACGGAUCCUGUGUGGACGAUUCAGCCGAAUCAGCACAAAACUUCCCCGUAUUCCACUGAGGCGACAGAAACUGCCCAAAGUAGUCGUAGCCCACCACGACCCAGAGAACACCUUUAACUGCAGCUUCAUCGAGCCCCCCUCAGUGGCCGAGCAGCCCUCCCCCUCCUCCUGGUCGUCCCAGGAGUCUUUCUCUUCCUUUGAGAGCGGAGACGAGGGGCCUGUUUACUGUGUGCCCCACGAAGAAUCCGUCAACGAAAGCAAAGAGAAGCGCAGCCCCAGCCCAGCAGCAGAAAAGCCAGAAGCUGUCCCUAAUGAGGAUGAUGCAGGAGAGUAUACCUCCUUGAAAGACACCAGUGUCACAAAACCAGAAGGCAGUGAGCAGCCCCUGCUGAAGUCCUCUGACAGUGAAGGCUCCAACAGUGGCUCUGAGUCCACUACUGCAAACCUCUACGCUCGCAUCGCCCGCCUCUCCAAGCAGUCCAAGGAGGAUGAUGGCAGCGGCAAGGAUGGCGAUGGCACUCCUACACCAGAGGCAAAGCGCAAUGGAAAGCCACCACCUUCACCUGGCAAGCCCAAACCACGACCACCAGACCCAUCUACUAAGCCCAAAGUAUCUUGGAUACACGGAAAUACUACCGGGUCUCCCCAGCCAGAGCAACAGGGGCAUGGGGUUAUUAAGGCACUUGCAGUGCCAAAGGAGAAAAAUAGAAGCUCCAGCGAUGGUUCAGCCAAGAGCGAGGAGCGGCAAAAAAUGAAGGAGAGGAGCCGUGAGCAACAGAAGAAACAAGAGGGGAAGGAAGCAGACGCCAAUGGCUCCCCCAGCAAACACAAACCUCUGCGAGGUAAGAGGUCAGGGGACGAGAACAGCAGUCCCAGUCACAUGGAGCACAUCAAUGGUGUGGUUCAGAAUGCCCUCAAGAAGAUAAGUAAUUUCCACAGCUCCUCACCUGAGAAAAAGAGUUCUGACAGUCCAAAGGAGACCCCCAAGGAGCCACCCAAGAGCCCCAAAGUGAUCCACCAUCAUAUGAACUCUGAGGCUGCCACACUCCUGGCUGCUCAGCUCAAGGAAAAAACCCAAAGCAUCAACAGGAAUGAGGGGACAGGUCUGACAAAGACCAAUGGUCUUUCCACACCCAAGGGAAAUCGUGAGAAGCCAACACCUCCACAAAAAGCCAAGAGGACCCCCUCUAGUGGAUUUAGCCAGCCGGGUUCCACCAAGCCCCUGCUGCCCACUUCGAGCAGCCUCCAGAAGAUGGUGGCCCCCAUUGCCACCGACCUUGGGAACCCUGAAGCCAAGAGCCCGGAGAAGCAGGACUUAAACGGCUCAAGGCCUGGGGACCAGAUAUUGGAUCCUACACCAAAGAAGACUCCCAUAAAAAAGCCACCCAGGAAGAAAGGCAAGGAGGGCACGUUGGAUACAUCAGAAAGUAAAACACCCCAGCAAAAGACAGCCAUAAUGCCACCACAAGUAGUGAAAUAAGUAUUUUUAUAGACAAAUGACCAAUGUUGGUGAUGGAUUUCAAAGAGACUAAAAUGCGUUUGUUGAAAGGUGAAUCACAGAGAUUUUUUAAAUGAAGGAAUUUUAACAGGUUUAGUGUGCGUGUGCUUUGACUCCAUGACCAGUCAAGAGUGAGAAAUGCAUUUAAAUUGAGCGCACAUUUGAGUCGUAUAUGUGAGUUUCUAUUAUAAUGAUGUCUAUACACCAUUGUAUUUCAUUUCAAGAAUUCUAUGUUUUGUAACGACUAUGUCUCAAUCUUGUACCACAACCUGUGGCGAAGCCAGACACAACUGUGAGAACAGUGGUGCACAGACAUAAUCCAUAGUUCAUUCAUCUCUGUUCUUCUGCAGUAUGUCCAACACUAUAUUUAUAUUCGGAUUGCUUUUGAGGUUGCAUAACUGUAAUUUGCUAUGCAGGUGUCAGAAACAUAGCUAUUUUUUAUGUGCACUCUCCAAAGGUACUAAGGGUACUAAAAAAUAACAAGAAAAUUAGAUCUUCUGAGGAUGGCAAGUUAAUUUGUUUGUGUUUGUUUUAUUCAUGGACCAACGUGCAUAAAUACAGUUCAAUACCUGAAUCCACCCACUUAAUUUUGUAUGUCUAGGCACACUUUUACAAUUUCAGUGGGAAAUUUCAGGAGAAAUUGAUUGGCAAAGAAAGCAGCUUUUUAAGUUCCCAUUAGAGCAGUUUUCAGGUUAAUAUACCAUGUUACAAGGAAAGCCUUUCUUUAAACAACCACAUCUCACACCUCAAAGCACAAAGGUUAUGCUACAUUUAGGACUUAAUUGUCUAUGUGCUUGUAAGUCACCUUCAAUUCUUUGCUGAGCUUUAGCAUUGGUCUCAAGGCUCUUACCUACAGAAAUGUUGCAUUUUUUUAUUUAAAGACUUAGCUCUCUAUUUGUCCAACUCAGUCAGACAUGGUUUGCUGAAACCCAAACAAGCUCUUUGAUGUUUCUGCGAAAGGGCUGUUUUAAACCCCUUUCAUACUUCGGCUAACACCAAAUCACCAGAAUGUGCUCUUACUGUAGGUUUUAUACAGUCAGCUAAACCACUAAACCAAAAAGGAAAUCCCAAGCUGUCCUUUAUGUCAUGCUCAUAAAUCACUUUAAACUCACUCCCUUUCUCAGCAACAUCUAUAGUUUCCCUUUGCUGUAUUUAAGAAAAUAUACUGCAGGACAAUACCCCCUCUUUAAACCAGAGACAUAAGAUGAUAGAGUGUUUUAAUGCCCGUAAAAAGUAGCAAUGACCGUUACUAGUAUUCUCUACAGAUCAGAAUACAGAAGGAGACUGCAAUGUGUCUUUAUCUGCUCUUUCAGUUUAAUUGAGAAACUAGGUCAAUAUUUUGACUUAAAUGAGCUACUUCCAUUUCUUAUGAAUUAUUUUAUGCCAUUGAGGUAUUGUGUGGAAAAAAUCUCGUCAGAGAUGUUUUGUCCCUUAAGAAACAUAUUAUCUUAAGCUAGUAGACUCAUGCUGAAGUAAAAUGGUGUUUACUUUCAUUUGUUUUGAGGUAAGACUGUAAGGCUAAAUGGUACCGUGCUUUGGGUGUUACAUUGUGCCUCAACUGUGGAUCAGUUUAAGCAAAAAAAGCCAUGUUUGCCUUAAUGUUGUUGCCAACUUUUAUUUUGAGUGUUGCUCCUAACAAGUUAACCAAAAAGGUGGUGAGGUGGUAAACUUAAACUGGACUAAUUCGGUUUGAAGAGGAAAAGCUUUAUACUAAAAUUAUUUGUGAAUAGCUAUUUUGAAAGUAGCAUUAAAAAAAAGAGCUAUGAACAAUGCAUGAUAUGUAUGUAUGUAUGUAUGUAUAUUAAUGUGCCAUUGGUAUGUUUCGGGCUGAAGAAUACUUCACAUUUAAAGCUAAUAUGAAAAAGUGUCUUUUUUAUCAAGGUACAACGUAUUUCUUUGGUUAUUUUUCCAACAUUUUCUACAGUAUACAUAGUGUACUUUUCGUUAUCUUUGUAAGCUGUGCUUAUAUGACCUUUUUUAAGUUCUUUUCUUUUCGUUGGUGUCAAUGAACUGGCUUUCAUGUUGUAUUUGCUUUUUUUUUGGUAUGUUGCUUAUUUUGAGCUCUGAAGCAAACCUACGGUAUGAGUACUUUCCAUCUUGUAAAGUUUACAUUGGCUUUGGAAUUGUUCUCUGUUGAUGUUAUUGUUUGUGUAACACUUAACUGCAUGACGCAGAGUGUAAUUAUAUGGCAUUAAUAGCUGCACCGGAUAUCUGUAACCUUCUUGUUCCCUCCAGUUGUUAUUAUUGCCUCCCAUAAGAUAAGAAAAGAUAAGAUAAGACUAACUCAUACAGAAAGGAUUGUACAAUACUACUCUGAUACCACUGUUGAAACAAGUGCAUAUACUUAAAACCAUAACAUUGUGUAAUUAUGAAGUGGCAAUGUUUAUCUGACUGGCCCGUGCCUGUUUUUAUAGGUGUACAGUGCAUUUUUGUAAAGAAGGGCCUGAAAAAGCUGCAAAAACAUUACCAACUGUAAGGUAUAUUUAGACUUUUGUGGUUUUGUUUUUUAGCAACAUUGAUUUACAUUUGUGUACGGUCAUUGAAUUGUUAUUUCUUCAUUUACUUCUUUGGAAUAAAAAAGCAAUACAUGUAGCUCUAGUCAAGCAACAACGUAAAAAUCCAUCCUUAUUUAAUUGCUUUACAUGACAGUCAUCAUAUACUUAUUCACUAACACCCCAUUUCUUCUCAUGGGGGCGUGGCCUCUUCUUGGCAUCUUCAAUAAAUGUCUUAUUCCAGUGUACAAUCAAGUACAACCAUAAUAUGGUGAAAAAAGGAUGUGUUGGGUAAUAAACCACAUGAAUCUCUUA